AUGGCUUCAAAUGUUCUUACACGUCAAGGCACAACUCGCCACCUGGAAAUGCAACUGAAAGCGACAUUGAAAGAGCUUGAGAUCUCGAGAAAGGACUGUAACAACCUAAUAUGUGAACGAGAUGAAAGUGAAGUGGAAGUGGCAAAAAUAGUUCAAAGAAACUCUGAGUUAAAGAACCAGCUGAAUGUACUACACUCUGAUUACAUGGACAGUGUGAAACAGUGUCAACACCUACAGUGUAUUGUGGACACAUUUGAUAACUGUGUUUUAACCUAUGAAUCCAAUUUAAGGCGUAUCAGUGACCUAGAAAGUGAACUGAAUGAAGCAAAUUUAUUAAUAAGUGAUCUGCGGAGUCAAUGUGAGAUGAAUGAAACUGUACAUACACAGAGCCUUUUUGCAGAAAUGUCAGUUAUGGAUGUGACUAAAGUUGAUUCUUCCCCUUCUUAUUAUUUUGCAAGUAACAAGAAAUUGAGGAAAUAUAUUAAAUUAAAUAAAUUUAUAAGGCGCACUCAGAAACUUAUUAAAUCAAAUAAAAGUGUGCAACUCAAUGUGAAACUUAUAAGGAAACAAAGUGACCUUGUGGAAAAAUUAGAUCGGUGUCAUGGAAAAUUACAGGACAAUAUUGAUUUAUAUGAGACUGAAAAAUUUAGACUUCAGUCCGAAAUAAGUAGAUUGAAAUGGUCACUCAAAACCUUAAGUGAUAAUUACAAUCAUAUUGUAAAAGAAAACCAACAGCAUGUCAACUCUGCCUCAGACCUGGUCGACCUCUGUCAUGAAAAUGAGGAACUGAUACAAGAUCUGAUGAGCAAGUGUUCCUGUCAACCAUCUCCCGAGGUGCAGUGCCGGAGCCCGGGGAGCGCGUUGAGUGAGUCGAGCGCCGCGCCUCUGCUGGCGACCCCCGCUCCGCGUCCCCUGACCCCGGCCGCGCCCCAGCCUGCACGACCUGACCUCAGGAGUCCCCAGAGCCAGGAGACGUCACAGUCAACCGACGCCCCGCGCCGCCCGGGCCCCGCAGCGCCCGCCCCGGCGCCCGCCGCGCCCCUGCCCGCGCGCCUUGACCUGAGCCAGGACACUCCUCCCCCGUCGACAGUCGUCUACUCUGAUGGUAUUGGUGCCGGCCUCGGAUCCAUGUUGAGUGAAUGUCUCCGGCAGAAGCCAGUGGCAACAGCGCCAGCAGCGCCACGAGCGCAGGCGCGAGCGCAGCCUCUCCCGGGGGGCGCCCACAGCAUUUAAACUGACUGCUGGGACAGCGGAGAAGCCCCGCGAGAUCAUGUUAGUCCA